ACUUUAAAUUACAUCAUGUAAUAUGGGCACUUCGGUCUAACAAUUACCGUUACACGCUGCACUUGAAGGUUUGCACUCUUUUCGUGCUGAAUUGCUGGCAUAAGGAUGGUAAUAUUGGGAAUCCUAUAGCACAACAGAAUCUGUCACUGUUUGCGUUUGCUCAAAUGGCAAAAAAGGCAAAUGUAUUUGUACAAAAAGAAACAACGUUUCAAAAACAUUGAUAAGCGCGUGUUUACGUUGCGUUGAAAUUGUUCAGCUAGUACGGAUCGUUGUGGCGUACGAUGAGCAACCAGAUUGUAGCAAACAUCUGCUUCGUGUGCUGAUCGUUCGAGGGACACACCUUCAGCCACCGAUUUACACCAUGUGGACAGAUGCAACGACAGCCCGGAUUACGCUGAAUACGAUCCGAUUUGUGGUGUUGGUCUGUUUCCUGUUGCCAUUUUUCUUCGCCAGUUAUGCAACGGUUGCGCUCUCCCGUCAGCUGUGGCUGAUUAUCUUGUGCUGGCGCUAUCCUUGGUUGAAGCGAACCAAUGUACAUGGGAUCAAAAGCUUCGUCGAUCGGACCCGCAAUCCUGAGGUGCUGUGUGUGCUAAUGGAGAUGGAAGGUGAAAUUGAUGUUGUACAGCUGCGGGAUGAAUUUUUGCACCACAUUCGCGAUUGCAGCAGCAGCCAUAUGCGGCUAUGCCUGCCGCAAUUUAUUUUACCCUUCAUGUCUUGCUGGAACAAGUAUCCGUGGCUGAAGGGAACCAGCAGUGCCGACGAACACAUAGUAUUGGCCCCAGCCAUACAGCGAGGACGUCCAAUAAAAGAACUGAUGUGUUUGUUAAACAUCGCUACCACAACUGCCGGCAGCGCAAGCUUGAAAGAUCCGUUGAUAACAAAUGCUAAACCCGCUGCUCUUCACUGGCAAAUCGUUUGCAUUCCGGUAAUUGGUGAAUCGGCCCCGGACUGCAACGACCGUUGCGUCACCUCGCACUAUCUGUUGUAUGCGAUCGAUCUACAGCUUUUGAAUGAGACAGAGAAACGCAACCUAAGCUACAUCCCCUUUAACGGAUACCUCGAACGAGGCGAACAACCAAUGGUUGACAAUGUACUGGCGAAACCUUACUACAUUCCGCGCCUGUGGAAUUAUAUUUUCUCGACCAUACAUUACCGCUGGAACGAGUUUGUCUACCAACACGAUCCACUCGAAUCGCCGGACAUAGACCGCAAGCAGUACACAGGAAUGGGUCAACUACUGUCUGCGCUGUUCAUUUCCAUCGUGUACGUUUGCGGUGACUUUGUGUGCUCUUUUCGGUCCAUCAAAGGAAGUCCUUUGGAUAAAAUAGAUUAUCUUCAACGGUUGAUUGAACGCGAGAUCGAGAAGCGCAAUCUUACGAUACGAACGAUUUGGGACACAUUUCGGCAGUCCAUCGAACCGGUCAAUUUGGUGAAAGAGGUUACGUUUUUUAUCUGGAAAACUAUCGCCACGAUCACGCUCAUGGUCCCGUGGUACGGAUGGAAGGAAACGGAAGCGUUGUUAUUGUACCUUUCGAAAGGGACGAUCAAUAGUGAUACGAUGGUAGGAUUCAUCGUUGAAUGCACUCCCAUAUGCUACGGCGUAUUGCUCGAGUGUUGGCGCAUGCUGUGGCUCCUGGUGGAGGUCACGCUACAACUCAAUGAAUAAUAGCGUAAAAGUAUUUCGUGAAGCAAAAACUACAUACCGAGAACAAAA